AUGGGGCUGUCUGUGUCGACGCUCUUUUCUUCACUCGCCUCACUUGUCGGAUGGAAGAAGGACCAGGACAUACGGAUUCUCAUGCUUGGUCUUGACUCUGCUGGAAAGACUACUAUUUUAUAUCGAUUACAGAUUGGAGAAGUCGUGUCAACAAUUCCCACAAUCGGUUUUAACGUGGAAACUGUACAAUAUAAAAAUAUAAAGUUCCAAGUAUGGGAUUUAGGCGGACAGUCUAGCAUUCGACCGUACUGGCGAUGUUACUUCCCCAACACCUCCGGAAUUAUCUACGUCAUAGACGCCUCAGACCACGCACGACUAGAGACCUCACGAACAGAACUACUCACCAUGCUUGCAGAGGAUGAAUUACGCGGUGUACCGUUACUCGUGUUCGCAAAUAAACAGGAUAUCGCGGGUGCGCUUGGUCCAGACCAGGUUAGUGAUAAACUUGGCCUUGCAGGUGCAGAGACGGGUCGACAGUGGAGUGUUCGUGGGUCGUGUGCGACGAAGGGAGAGUUAGGGGAGGGCCUUGAGGAGGGUUUGGAUUGGCUGGCAAGCGCAAUUAAAGGGCAAUAG